CCAAAAUUUAUAGAUAGUUUAUAUUAUCUUAUAUCCACUCAUAAUGAACCUUGGUCAAUAUUAUACGUUUGUCAAUAUUUGUUACAUUUUUAUUUUACUAUUAUUAUAUUAAUUAUUUUCUUUCUUAUCUUAUCCCUCAUCCACUACCACUAGUCACUUUCUAGUUUCUUCUACAACCCAGAUCUCUCUCCCCCUCACAACCCUCUCUCUUUCUUCUACAACGCAGAGGAAGCUAGCUAUAAUUUCGUUUCCGCUUCUCUGCAAAACCUCAAUUUUUCACCACCAUGCAACAGCCAAAUAAGCCUUUUUCACUCAUAUCUCAUCAUAUAUCAAGUGAUCGACAUGCCAAGUUCCUAUCGUAACGUUAUUUUGACGGAAAGAAGACGAUAUUAUUCGACACCAGGCCGAUGAUUCAAGGUUCCGGCAAGGAAAGGGAUAGAUGGAGAUUAGCCUAUUUUCUCUUUGCUCUUUGAUCGACAUCUGAAUUUGUUACUCGACUCUGUCUCACGUCUCAAGAAGAUUAAGAGUUUGUAGCCGCCAUUCUGUUUCGCUUCUCAUGUGACUGUUCACCCGGCAACAACUUUUUGAUGUCCUUCCAUAAAUUUUGUUUAUUCAAUUUUCCUGAGUUAAAUAUCAUAUAUUUCAAGAAACUUGUUGCAAAUAACUCAUUCAACUUCUACCGAAAAAGAGAGCCUUUAAAUCCAAUUUCUGGUUCUGCUUGCAUGGUAAUUGCAAAAUCAGUUGAUUUGAAAAUUGGAAGAAAGAUUGUAGAAAAGCUUAUUUGAUUUAGAGGACAACAACCUUUUAUUUAGAUUUUCAGGGCAUUUUUGGGGUGCACAGCGAAGAAUUGACAAAUUAACCGGUUUGCCCCUCCUAGUCUGUGUAUUGCAAAUCGAUUUACGAAAUAGGGAUUGAGGUCCAGCGGUGGAAGAUUAAAGGCAAGGGGAACGAUGCGGCAGCGGGAGGAAAGGGAAGGGGGCACGCCGAGAAUUUCUUCCGGGAGGGUUUGGAAUACAGAAGGUGAGACUUGAGAGAGAGAGAGAGAGAGAGAGAGAGAGAGAGAGAGAGAGAGAGAGAGAGAUGAGUCAGAUUUUUGGGACGUUUUGGCGAGACCCGCGACAGAGAUGCCGAGAAAGAUAAAUAUUGAGGAAUUACCGAAAGGCCCAUCCGCCGUGUGCGGGUUAUUGAGAAGGGACUGACGUGGCAAAACUAUUUUUUUUACAUUGCCUUAUAGUAUUUUGUAGACAUGCAGUCGACUGGUCAACCGAUUCAGGAAGGCUGGACCUGGGUGCCCGUUCUGUAAGCGAAGAAUGGGCUCAUGUGUCUCGCAAUGCAAACAAAUUGGGCCAUGGUUUUGCUUUGGGAUUGUACUAUGUAUUGGGCUGAAUGAACGAGACCCAGGAGGUCUCUCCUGAUAAUAUGACGCAACUUUCAUCCUAUCGCCACAAACAAACCCUUUCAUCCGCUCUGCAGUGUUGUCUCAUCACACUCGAUCGAUCAAUCUCCAGUUCUAGCACAGCCAUGGCGCAAACCCUAGCUCGUUCCUCUCGUCAUCUCACCAUCUCCUCGCUCAUCCCCAAACGACUGAUCUCCUCCUCCUCCGCAAUCACUCGACCUCCUUCUCCUACCACGCUUCUCUUCCCUCGACGUCCCCUGCUCCCAAUCUCCCCUGCCGCCCGCUCCGUCAUCCCCGUAUCUCCCCCUCGCUUCACCGCGAUCCGGUGCCUGGUCAAUUCCGCCGGCAACUUGAGCGAGCGCCCUCCCGCGGCAGAGAUGGCCCAGCUUUACCCCGGCUGCGACCGCAAGCACUGGCUCGUUGUAUUUGACCGCAAGCCCGACGGCGAAGGAGCUACCAAGCAGCAGAUGAUCGAUCGCUACAUUAAGACGUUGGCCUCUAUCCUCUACAGCGAAGAGAAUGCGAAGAAGAAGAUAUACAGCGUCUCUUGUGAGGGAUACUUUGGAUUCGGAUGUGAGAUUGACGAGGUGGAUGCCAACAGGCUGAAAGAAUGGCACAAAGACCGCAAUAUUCGCUUUGUGUUGCCGGAUGCUUAUGUGGAUCCUGAGUACAAGGACUAUGGCGGUGAAUUGUUUGUGAACGGGGAGAUAGUUGCUAGAUCCCCAGAGAGGGAGAGGAGAGUGCGGCAGCUGCAAAUGUCGUCGUCACAGAACUAGAUACAUUAGCUGAAAAUGUUGGCAAGUUGUAUUGGUUCGGUUUUGGUCUCAACUCUGAACGACACUGAAAGCUGUUUGAAACUAAAUUGGUUUCGAAGAUCUGUUCAAUGGUUUGUAGGUGUUAAUCGUGCUAAGACCAAUUAGAUAGAGGGUAGAUGAGGUAGAGAUGAAUAGAAAUGAGAGAGAGACUAGUGUGUUAGUGAUCUGUGUUUGGAUUUGGUCAUGUGGUAAGGUAACAUAAUAUAGUGUGGAUGGUUUUUGGUCUUUGGUUUUUUUUGCAGGUGAAUCAUUUGUGAAUGGUGAAUGUGUGUCUGGAAAUUCCAGUGUGUCUGAUAAAACAGUUAGACUAUUAAUUCAUUUUCUCGAUGCUUAUUGUUCCUAGCUCCCUCUGGUGCUUAUUGUUCCAACUCACAUGGAUACAUUACAUACUAGCCCCGACCCGUUGGUCCGGUCUUUGAUUAUUAUGUAUUUUAUAUAUGUGCUACUACCUGUAAAUACUAAAUAUCAAAUAGCACAAGUGAUAUUCAAUGUUCACAAAAAAAAAAAAUCAUUUAUGAUUUAGUUUUAUAUAGUUCAAUAUAUUCUUUAAAUCGUUUUCCAGUAUUUAUCUUAUUUGUUAAUACGACACAUGUUAUAGAUAUGAAAUUGUAUGAUUUGGAAGAGGACGGUGCUGAUUGGUAGUCACAAAUAAAGGACCUAAAUUGCUAGUUCAGAAUUUGAUAUUGUGUCUGAUAAGUUCCUAGUUCACUUUAUAAGCACAAAAGGUUAGGGCAUAAAUCAAGUACCUCAAUAAAAAUGAAAGCUAAAUAUUUAUGAAGAUCUUAUGAUCCCACGACGUGAUCCAUUAAGCCGGGGAAAAUCCUAUUUAAAUUAAAAGGCCGAAAAAUGUUAUUUUUUUCAUUAAUUUUUUUGGAAUAUUCCAUAUCUAAGACCACUCUAAUGCUCCUUUUCGCCAUGCAUAAACUGAACCAACAAUUAGGAUAAGCACUAAAGAGAUAGAUUUAUAAAAUCUCGCACCUUGAGAAAAGUUUGAUAACAUAUUCAAUAAAAUUGUUGCAAUCCUUCCCACAAUAGGUCAAGGAGCCAGACCAGGGGCGGACCGACGGGUGUUUAGGGGUGUCCCCGGACACCCCUAAAUUUUGGGAAAGCGAUUAUCCAACCCCCGGUAAUAAUUUACGUAUUGACAAAAAAAUUAUAAUUGAUAGUCGGGGACACCCCUAAAUUUAAAAAAGUGAUUAUCCUACUCUCAUCUUUUAGUUUGAGUAUAAGAAUAUAAGUAGUAGUUUGGGUAAUUCAAACAUAGGACACUUUUAUUAUUAAUAAACCUAAUUUUCAUUAGGCUACAACUCAUAUGUUAUUCGAUUUUAAACACUGUGUAAUAGUAUAAUGUCAUUCUCUAUCUCUAAUUAUUUUCAAAAUCUAACAAUUAAACAAAUUUCAAGCUACCCUUAAUUGGUAUUGAUUUAUGGUUGUACAACAAGUAUUGAAAGAGUCUUUUCAGCUUUGGAUUACAUCAAGAACAAGUUUAGAAAUUGAAUAUGUGAUCAGUUCGUGAAUGAUUGUCUAAUAUGAUAUACAGAGACAAUUUUUUUUUUUUUUUGAAUAGUGUACCCCCAAGUGUGUUCUACAAUCAUUUUUUAAUAUGAAAACACAUUGUGAAUUUUUUCAAACUAUAUGAGUAAAGUAUUUCUCAUUUAAAUAUUUUUUAUUUUUUAUUAAUUAUUUUAGAAUUAUUUAUAUUUAAUUUAUUUUUUAAAAGAGGACACCCCUAUGUAAAAUUUCUGGGUCCGCCACUGAGCCAGACUCCUCCCAUCUCCAAAUUUAAUCGUUACGUGCAUACCCCCGAUGCAGUUAGCUUAUAGAGAUAAAAAGAAAUACACAUGUUCUUGCAAUUAAUCUCACCUAAAACGUUGAAAAAUUUAGGAGUGGGGAAGGCAAAUUUGUUGAUAAGGGUGAUAUAGGUUUCAUUUUUGUCAUUAAGGUACUACUUAAGGGAUUCGAACCUGAAACCUCCAGGUUCUAGGCCAGUAGUAUUACCACUAGACCAAUUUGAUCGACCAAAAAAAGAAAGUGCAUUCCCUAUCAUUAGGAGACUCAAAUUCGGUGGAAGGAAAGGGAAAGAUGAAAGGAAUUAAUUUAUGAGUCAAGAGAAUAAGGGAUAACGAAGCACAAUAACAGGGAAAGGGGUUUAUUAACCAUUAUUUAUUUAUUUUUACAAUAGAAAACAAAAUCUAAACAAAAUGAAACUACCAUUUCCUAUAAAAAAAACAUGUUUGAAAAUUUAUGGGUCUAGAGGCUUUUGAAAAUUAAACUUGAAAACGAAAAAUAGUGUUUAUUAACGAUUUUUAUGAUCUAAAAACUUUGGUGAUCUGAUUGCCACAUUUUUAAAUUUAAUCGGUAUUUAAAAAAUUGUACCGUAUCAACAAUCUGACAGAAAAACAACCUAUCGAAACCUAAGCCGGUAGGGCUGGAAAAAUUGACCAGAUCGUUUGAAUGAGAAAUACUUUGAUGGGUUUUCGUUUGUGUUUUGUUUGCAGGUGAAUUGUUUGUGAACGGGGAGAUAGUUGCUAGAUCCCCAGAGAGGGAGAGGAGAGUGCGGCAGCUGCAAAUGUCGUCGUCACAGAACUAGAUACAUUAGCUGAAAAUGUUGGCAAGUUGUAUUGGUUCGGUUUUGGUCUCAACUCUGAACGACACUGAAAGCUGUUUGAAACUAAAUUGGUUUCGAAGAUCUGUUCAAUGGUUUGUAGGUGUUAAUCGUGCUAAGACCAAUUAGAUAGAGGGUAGAUGAGGUAGAGAUGAAUAGAAAUGAGAGAGAGACUAGUGUGUUAGUGAUCUGUGUUUGGAUUUGGUCAUGUGGUAAGGUAACAUAAUAUAGUGUGGAUGGUUUUUGGUCUUUGGGUUUUUUUGCAGGUGAAUCAUUUGUGAAUGGUGAAUGUGUGUCUGGAAAUUCCAGUGUGUCUGAUAAAACAGUUAGACUAUUAAUUCAUUUUCUCGAUGCUUAUUGUUCCUAGCUCCCUCUGGUGCUUAUUGUUCCAACUCACAUGGAUACAUUACAUACUAGCCCCGACCCGUUGGUCCGGUCUUUGAUUAUUAUGUAUUUUAUAUAUGUGCUACUACCUGUAAAUACUAAAUAUCAAAUAGCACAAGUGAUAUUCAAUGUUCACAAAAAAAAAAAAAUCAUUUAUGAUUUAGUUUUAUAUAGUUCAAUAUAUUCUUUAAAUCGUUUUCCAGUAUUUAUCUUAUUUGUUAAUACGACACAUGUUAUAGAUAUGAAAUUGUAUGAUUUGGAAGAGGACGCUGCUGAUUGGUAGUCACAAAUAAAGGACCUAAAUUGCUAGUUCAGAAUUUGAUAUUGUGUCUGAUAAGUUCCUAGUUCACUUUAUAAGCACAAAAGGUUAGGGCAUAAAUCAAGUACCUCAAUAAAAAUGAAAGCUAAAUAUUUAUGAAGAUCUUAUGAUCCCACGACGUGAUCCAUUAAGCCGGGGAAAAUCCUAUUUAAAUUAAAAGGCCGAAAAAUGUUAUUUUUUUCAUUAAUUUUUUUGGAAUAUUCCAUAUCUAAGACCACUCUAAUGCUCCUUUUCGCCAUGCAUAAACUGAACCAACAAUUAGGAUAAGCACUAAAGAGAUAGAUUUAUAAAAUCUCGCACCUUGAGAAAAGUUUGAUAACAUAUUCAAUAAAAUUGUUGCAAUCCUUCCCACAAUAGGUCAAGGAGCCAGACCAGGGGCGGACCGACGGGUGUUUAGGGGUGUCCCCGGACACCCCUAAAUUUUGGGAAAGCGAUUAUCCAACCCCCGGUAAUAAUUUACGUAUUGACAAAAAAAUUAUAAUUGAUAGUCGGGGACACCCCUAAAUUUAAAAAAGUGAUUAUCCUACUCUCAUCUUUUAGUUUGAGUAUAAGAAUAUAAGUAGUAGUUUGGGUAAUUCAAACAUAGGACACUUUUAUUAUUAAUAAACCUAAUUUUCAUUA